AUGGCUAACACCACCAACAGCAGAUGGCCGCCGCCUCAUCCUGAAUCCCAAUCUCAUCUUCAUUGCUUCAAUUCCUCACCCUUCCUCCGAGGCUUCGCCGCCGGCAUGGCUCUCCUUCUUUUCAUCGCUUUUGUCAUCUAUUCUCUCCAAUGGUUAUUCUUCCACCCCAUCCUCCCCGCCCUCCGACUCGACUCACUUCAACUCGCUAAUUUCUCCUCCGCCGCCGCCGCCGCUCCCUCAUGGAUCGUCGGAUUUUCCAUCAACAAUCCUAACAAGAAGCUCGCUAUCUCAUUCCAAAACCUUGACUCCUCCAUUUACUACAAAGACAAUAUUAUUGCUCAGGCUCGAAUUCGUCGCUUCCUCCUCCGCCCAAGGAAUUCCACCACCCUCGUCAUCCCCUUCAUUGCUGUCUCGCUUGUGGACGAGUCGGUUCUGAACGACAUUAAUGGAGACUUGGCGCGUGGAACAAUUAAUUUCACCGUCGUAGUUCUUGGCUAUGCCAACUUCCAGAUCAGCCUGUGGCAGUGGAGGGGUACCAAUAUUCAGGUUGUUUGCAGUGAUUUGUCAGUUGGAUUCUCGUGGCCGCCUAGUCUCGCUGGCCGGUCCGGCCAGUUGGUUGGUGGUUCAAAGCAAUGCCAGCUACAAUGA